CGAUGCUCUCAAUCUCGCCUGCCUAGUUUGCCGUGUGUUGUAGGAAGAUGGAGCUGGGCAAGGGGUCUCUGCAAGAGGAAGCCUUAAAGAGAAAAGAAAGAUUGAAAGCUCUCCGGAAUAAGCAGCUGCAGAACAGAGACCCAGAGGAUGGCGAGCCCGAGAGUAAGCGUUCUCUGGAAGAGAUUGAGGAGGUGAAGCACAGGGAGCUGAAGCUGCGGAACUACACCCCCGAGGAUGAGGAGCUCCGGGAGAGACAGGUGCCCAAAGCAAAGCCGGCCUCAGUGGAGGAGAAGGUGCGGGACCAACUGGAAGCAGCCAAUCCGGAGCCAGUGAUCGAGGAAGUGGACUUGGCUAACCUUGCGCCCAGGAAGCCUGACUGGGAUUUGAAGAGAGACGUGGCUAAGAAGCUGGAGAAGCUUGAGAAGAGGACACAGAGAGCCAUCGCAGAACUGAUCCGAGACCGGUUAAAGGGCAGUGAGGACGACCUGGCUGCAGCAGUGGGAGCAGUGAGAGGGGAUGAGGGGGACUCAGACUGAUGAUUCUCAUCCUGUCAUUACGUGUGCCGCUUCUUAACAAAGUGCUGCCGCUCUCAAUUAAACUGAUAACACACAGGGGAGAUGCAUGGGCAGCAGCCACUGUAACUUCAGAACAAAAACAUCAGUAGAAAAACACCAGCGGCGCAAAAAGAUGCAUCUAACGCCCUGUCCUAUCCGGUUCUGUCCUGUUCUGUAGCACAAUGCAUCUUUCAAGAUGUAAUGUGCCUCUGGCAACUGUUGAAGCUGCUUCUUGUAGGUGACACUUUUCAUUGGCAGGUUUCCCCUCUUGCUCAAAUGUCUUGAUUUUUUUUACUUGAGCUCGGGGGGGUUGACACCUACAGCUAGUUGUUACAGUACUUGCAACAAAGAAUAAGGUAAAAUAAUAAUUUGUUUUAAUUUGGACUAAAUUGGUCUGCAACAUAUCAACCUUUGUGGUAAACAGCAUUGACAGGUAUGAAAUGUUUCAUGUUGAUACAAUACAGUAUGUUACACUGUAUCUAUACAUUUCAUACCCAUCAUGAAUGUUGACAUGAAACAAAAGUUUAUCUGUUGCUUACCAGUUUUGACAAAAUGUAAAUGUCACCAUUGAGAUUAUCAACAUUUCAGAUACCCCACUUCCUAAGGCCCUUAUCCUUGGUCCUGUAAAAGACAGCGUAUGGCAGACGUGUAUACAUAUAUGUUGCGGUGUGUGUGUAGAUCCAGGUUUAUACCCAUGUAUGUUUUUGUGUGUGUGUGUGUCUAUAUAUAUAUAUAUAUAUAUAUAUAUAUAUAUAUAUAUAUAUAUAUAUAUAUAUUCAUCAGUGUAUAUACACUUGUAUUCACUUACUGGUAUACAAGUACAGCGUGCCUACCAGUGUGCUUCAAACAAUAGUUACAUCCUUGUAUGUUUUAUAUCAGGACCUUGCGCUGGAAGCCUUAUACCUAAAUUCCAUUGCAGCAGCAAAUUUAUUACAGGAGCUGUGAACUUUGUGUUAAAAUGUUUUUUAGUUUUGUUUUUACAGUUCUAGCUGUACAUAUUUUUUGCAAUAAAACCUUUUAAAAAAUGA